GGUGGACCCUUGGGCGAUUUGAGGGGGAGGACGCCUGACACCCAGCCGACGUAGAGGGCGGAGGAGAAGCCUUCCAGCACCAUGGUGUAGAUGGUCAGACGGUGGGCAAAAAGUGAGUGGGAGAGAGACACAAAGUGGGUCUAGGGCUUGUUUUUUCAAUGGAAUUAUUCAGAUAUGCUCAUCCAUCAAGUCUGCAUGUUGACAUAUUUAAUAUGCUUCCAGGUGUGGACACGACUAUGCACUUAAUUUCUUGGACAAUGCGGUGUCUGAAUUUGUACACAAUCGUCCCCAAAAUGUUGUGGAUGCUUGGAGUGGCCGCCAUUAUUGUGGACAUCGUGUCCAGAUUUUCGGGUGGCGAAAAAUCAGGCCAUUCGGAUGUUCCACACGUCGUGGUGCAUAAAUCCAAACCACCCCCGGUUAUAAGUGCUGCACUGCCACCCACACCAAUUUCUGCCCCCACGAUCGACGUGACUUACAUCGUUCUCACCGAAAAGAAGGAACGCACUCCGCUAAAUCCCAUGGACAACAAUGAUGUUUCCCCUGUCCCAGAAAACUCUGGUGAAGAGUCGGUAAAGAAAGCAGGUGGGGACAAAUUAGGAGGUCAUUCGAAUCCUGAGGAUGACUUACCAAACAAGAUGGAACCUUCGGAUAUCGAAAUAGAAAAGCCCACCAAUCCAAAAGUGACGGGGAAUGAUGAUGUACAGGAAAUUGGGGUUCACAGGAUGGGAAGAAAAUGAAUUGUCCACAUGUUUUGAAAGCAUUUAUUGCGUACAACAUAUCAAAAUUUUAAAUAAAUGUAUUAAUGAAGAA